UCCAACCUUUAGCAGACACUUGGUAGACGUGUGUUAGCUGCUGCCGUCUGAACCUGUUCAUUUCAGAGAAACACCAGAACUAUUUGAGGACCACCAAUGAUCUGUAUACUGCUGGUAGCCGGUCAUGGCACCGUUUUGGAGACACAAAUUAAGAAUGAUGACACAGGCCUGUACAGCCACCUGACCGGGGUACCUAAGGCCCUGCUUCCUGGCACGGGAGGAAAAAAGAUCCUUGACUUUUGGUGGGAAACGGUCAACAUGCGACAGCUGUUCACAGAAGUGUAUCUGGUCACUAAUGCAGACAAGUAUAAGCAUUAUGAGCGCUGGGCCACAGCUAAUGACUUCCCGGUGGAAAAUGUGAUAAAUGAUGGCAGCACUACGUUGGAGGACCGUCUCGGUGCUGUGGCCGACCUGGAACUGGUCAUACGCAGCCGCAAGCUGCAGGACGACAUCAUGGUGAUCGCCGGAGACAUGCUGUGUGCAGACCAGAACUUUGACAUUGCUCAAGUUAUUCGCUUCUUCAGAUCAAAGCCUGGAGAGCUGAUCAUUUACUACGAGCUGGAAGAAAGUGAGAAAAGUAGCUCCAGAGGCAUCGUGGAGGUUUGCUCUGACACCAACAGGAUAACUCGCUUCAUGGAGAAACCGCAGGACGGGACAACAUCCCGCCUGGCCAGUGUGGUGUUUUACUGCAUCCAGAGAGACACGCUGUCCUACAUGUCUGAAUUCCUCAACCUACAGCCUCAAGCCACAGACAGGUCCUUUGGGCGAUUCUGGGAGUGGCUCAUCAAUGAGAAGCAGCUCGAUGUGUUUGGUAUGAAGCUUCCUACUGGCUUCCAGCUCAUUGGACAAGUGGGCCUGUCAGACUACACCAAGUGGCUCACCCACUACUCCACCAAGCAGCACAACAACUCUGCUAUUCCAAUCACAUGCCGCUCAUAUGCCAGGGUCGGAUUAAUGGGAAAUCCCUCAGACGGUUUUAAUGGGAAAACCAUUGCUAUGAGCAUCUCUAACUUCUGGGCCGAGGUCACUCUGGUGGAGAGUCAGACUUUGGUUUUGCUCCCUCAUCCACUCAACGACCCCACAGAGUUUGGCAGCCUGCAAGAUCUGUUCUGUAUCAGCAGGAAGGAAGGGUACCUGGGAGGUCUGCGGCUGCUGCAGGCUACAUGUAAGAAGUUCUACCAGUUCUGCUCCAAACAAGGUAUCGCUUUGACAAAGCAGAACUUCACACUGAAGUACGACACCAACAUUCCUCGGCAAGUGGGGCUUGCUGGAAGCAGUGCUAUUGUCUCAGCUACUCUCAAGUGUCUUAUGAAAUUCUACAACAUCACAGACAGCGAUCUGCCUAAACCAGUCCGAGCGAACUUCAUCCUCAACGUGGAGACAGAUGAGCUGUUCAUCACUGCUGGCCUGCAGGACAGAGUAGUGCAGGUCUAUGAAGGUUUAGUCUACAUGGAUUUCAGCAAGAAGCUCAUGGAGGAGCAGGGCUACGGGAACUAUGUACCUUUGGACAUGAGCAACCUUCCACUGUUCUGGCUGGCCUACCUGAGCGACCCCAGUGACUCCGGACGCAUCCACAGCAACAUCCGACAGCGCUGGCUCAGUGGGGAGCCGGCGGUCGUGGAGGCCAUGCAGAGCUUUGCUGAGCUCACUGACCAGGCUAGGGUGGCUCUUAAGGACAGAGACUGGAGCUGUCUGGCACGACUGAUGGACCAGAACUUUGAGCUGCGGAGGUCUGUCUACACUGAUGACUGUCUGGGUCCUGGGAAUCUUAAGAUGGUUCAGCUGGCGAGGCAGUUUGGAUCAGCAGUGAAGUUACCCGGCAGUGGGGGAGCCGUAGUGGGUUUAUGUCUGGACCAGGCGAGACUGGUGGAGAUGAGGCAGGCUUUCCAGGAGGCAGGCUGUGUCUUCUGUGUCAUCGCACCAUACAACCCAUCUGCCAGCUCUGUAGGCGGCCAACGCUAACCUCACACAUCUCACCACCAAUAAGCCAGGCCACUCAAGGCCAACUCGCAGCCGUCGGUUAGAAAUGGCACACUGUGGCCCUCCAUGCGUUAAGUCCCAGUGUCAUUUCAUACAGUAGACAUUUUGAUCAGUUACGGAAAAUUACAGCAAAGCCAUAAAACAAUAAUCAGGGUUACUAUCCAGAUCUUUGGGGACAGUUUAUAUGAUAUCUGACCAGAUGGACUAAAUAAUGUGGGAAGUAGCACAUGGCUUUGUUUCUAGAAGAUAAGCUUUAUGAGAUCCAUGUUCCUUUAAGGUGCAGUGACUGAUCCAUUUGUGUCAGAUUUAUCAUCAGUGACAAAGUAAAAAUUAGGUAAUUAUUUUUCUAUAUAUGUGAUACAAUAAUUUUAUGGAAUCUAUAGACUUCAUAUCUUUGUAUAAUGACUGUAAUUUUGUACACAAAUAAAAGCUACUUUUAUA